CUCCUUCCUCUCUUCCAUUUCAUUGACCAACAAAUAUGAUGCACCACUGCGGCGGCGGCGCCGGCGGAGCUGCCUCUUCAUUUUCCGUCUUUUUGUCGGUGCCCAACCACGGUGGCGCUGCCCAUGACAUGAUGGACAUCUACUCUAAUAAUUAUGCCUCCUCCUCCUCCUCCUCUUCUUCUUCUCCUUCAUCCGUUGAUUGUACUCUCUCUCUUGGUACUCCCUCUACGCGAUCGUCGGAGUUCGAUUCCGACAAACGCGCCGCCCCCCGCCAUCACCGCCGCUCCGCUGGUUCUUAUGUCUCUAACUUCUGUUGGGACUUGUUGCAUCCUAAACACAAGAGUGCUGGCCGUUCCACGGCGAGUAAUGCCGCCGCUGUCCCUUCCGGUGGCGAUCCGCUCCUCGCUCGGCGGUGCGCUAACUGCGAUACCACUUCUACUCCGCUUUGGAGAAAUGGGCCGAGAGGGCCUAAGUCCCUAUGCAAUGCGUGUGGGAUUCGUUUCAAGAAGGAAGAGCGGAGGGCGGCGGCGACGGUGAACUGCACGGCUACCGCAAUGGCGGCGGAAUCUAACAACCACCAUCACCUCCACCAACACCACCAGAUGUUCAACGGAAACUACACGAAUUCAACCGCUGCGUGGGUUCCACACCACUCGCCAGUGGCAACCCAGAAACUCCCGUGCCUGUCGGCGGCGGCUAUUAACAACGAAUCAAUGUUUAUAGGAAACGACGACGUUCGAAGAACCGAACAAGAAAAUGGCAUCUCGUAUCUCUCUUGGCGCCUCAACGUUACCGAUCACCGGCCCAGCCUCGUCCAUGACUUCACAAGAUGAUCCCCCCCAGACCCAGAUCAAUGGA